AAUGAAAUUACUUGCUGAAGAAGAAAAAGAAAUUGAAGCUAGUAAUUUAGAUUUAGAGAAGGAGGAGGAUGAUGAAUGGACAAAAUGGUUGAGAGAAAAGGAAAGAGAAUUAAAAUUAAAUGAAGAAUGUAUUCCCGGUGAUUUAAAAUCAUUAUCUGCACAAUUAGAAAAAUGUGAUGAGAUGAUUGCCGAAUUACGCAAUAAACGUUGUGCUGCUUCUUCAAGUGAAUCAGAUGUUGAAAUGGUUGCCCCAUUAGAAGGUUUAUUACGGGCUGCUGAAACUAAAAGGAAUCAUUGUGUUGAUAGUAUAAAUAAAACACAAUUAUCUAUCCACAAAGCUGUUAAAUUGGAAGAAAUUGGUGAUCAAUUUAAAAGAGAACUUGAAUGGUUAAGAAGAAAUUUAUCUGUUGAUGAAUCUUCUUUAAAAGAAUCUCUUGAAAGAAUUAAAUAUUUAAAAACUUCUUUACAAUUACAAGAAGAAACAAAAAAAGAAACUUUAAAUUUAUUAGAAGAAGUUGCACAAAUUGCUUUAAAAAAGAAAUCGAGUGGUUCUAAUAUAUCUGGGGAACAAAUGAGGGAAAGAAUUGUGAAAUUAAAAAAUCAGUGGAAAAUGAUAGAAAAUGAGAUUGAGGAAUUACUUGAUUGUUGUAAUAGAGAAAGUCAAAGGAGGGCAAAUUCUUGGCUUAAUUCUUUAAAAUUACUUUUAGAAGAAUUAGAACAAGCAUUGAAAGGAAGUUUUGAAUCGGCAACAGACGCAGAAGAAUUAAGUGAACAUUUAGAUAAUUUAGAACGUCUUUUAGAUAGACUUGGGUCUAUUGAAAGGGAAGCUGAAGAAGAGGAAUAUAAAUUGGAAAUUACAGAAUUCCAUCCACAAUUAAUUGAAUUAACAAAACAAAGGGAAUCUUUAAUUAAAGCUACAUAUGAGAGAUGUACACAAUUAAGGAAGGCUGUUGCUAAUUGUGAACAUUUUGAACAAAGAUUGUGUCAAAUGCAUAAUUGGGGAGCAAAUAUGCAACAAAUAUUAAAUCAAAGACUUGCAUCGGAUACUUAUUCUUUGGAAGUACCCAAUGAGUAUAAGAAAAUUGAUAAAGAAUUUUCUGAAUAUAAUAAACUUGUUGAAGAUUUAAAUGAAUAUAUCCAUCAAUCAAAAUCUGAAUUUGCAUCUACAGAACGUUUAAAACUUCAAUUAGAUCAUGCAAAUCAACAACUUUCUUUACUACGCCCAAAGUUUGCAGAAUUUAAACAACCAAUUGGCCUUUUUGAGAGAAUGGAUAGAAUUCAACAACAAUUAACAGAAAUUGAAUCUUCUAUGGAUGAUUUGGCUGGAAUUGAAUCAGAAAAUUGUGAAUUCUGUCUUCUACAUUUAGAACAAAUUCAAAAUCAGUUAGAAGAAUUAAGCACAGAUUGUGCUGCUUGUGAAGCCUCUCGGGAUACUUUAAUUCGUGAAGGUAUAAUAGAAGAAAUACAGGCAAUUAAAUUAUCUGCCCAACUUUCUGAAAUGACUAAAAAAUGUGUUGAUGAAUUGGAAAAUAGAGUAACAAUAAAUAUUCAAAGAUUAAAAAGAGCUGUCGAUUUUGUUGAAAAAUUUGAUAGAGAAUGUGCUGUACUUGAUAAAUUAUUGGGGGAAGUAGAAAAUAGAUUAAUACAAAAUGAUGAAAAUAUUAAAAAUGAAAAGCAAACUCAAAGAUGUGUCAAAAUAAUUGAUGAAUUAUAUAGACAAUUACGUGCUGCAACUGAUUCAACUUCAAAAGCCAAUGAAUUAGAAAGUUUUCUUCGAAAUUUAGCUAUUAGAUUACCUAAAGAAAAAAUUGAAUUUAUUAAAAAUGCAGAACAGCGUUGUUCUAAACUUCGAGAUAAAUUAGAUGAUUGGAAUGAAUUAAUUAACAAACAAAUACCCAAAAUAAAUGAAAAAAGUGAAAUUAAGCAAUAUAAGGAAGUUGAAGAGGGGAUUUUUAAUGAAAUAAAUGAAUUGGCCAAAGAAUUGGAUAAACGAUUUGGACAAUUAGAACAACUAAAUUCAUUACAAAGUUAUCAAUUAAUUGAACGAUUAAAUGCCCUUCGACCAUUAAAAGAACGUUUUGAACAUUUAUCAUUACAAACUGUAUCAAGAAAGGAUUUUGGUUCUAAAGUAGCUCCUCUUUUAGCUAAUUUAAGUUCUAGAUGGCAAAAUUUAACAAUAAAAGCUUCUGACAGAAAACGGCAAGAAGAACAAAUUAAAUAUCAGGAAUAUUUAAAUUUAAAUCAAGAACCAGCCUGUACUAGUCCAUUAUCAAUUGGUGAGAUAUCGCCAACAACCGCUUAUCAAGGUGGAUUAAAUGAAAAUGAAUCGCUCGAAGAUGUUCGAGAUUUUGGUCAACAAGUUCAAUCGACAAUUGAACAUUUUGAAAGGGCUAAACGUCAUCUUAAUUAUUCUAGACAUCCUGUUAAUAAUUUACAAGAUUGGGAACAACGUUUAAAUGUAAUGUGUUUUAAAUUAAUCUCUCCUCUAUAUCUCUAUUACAAUCCUCUAUAUUUCACUCACAAUAUCAUUUAUUCCUCAAUAUCAUCUACAUAUUCCUCCCAGCCUUCUUUAUCUCAUCACAAUAAUCCUCGCAUUGUUAUAUUUAAUUUAUUUUUUCAGAAAAUUGGUCAAUAUGUUGCCAAUCGAAAACUCAAUUUUGACGUUUUAAUAGCUGGAGGAAAACAUAUUGCAGAAUCGGGCCCAAUUGAAUUAUUAACUUCCGCAGCACUUUCUAAACUCGACGAACUUAUAGAUUUAGUCCAUAAUGUAGAUGAACAGGUUGAAAGAGAAGAACAAAGACUUCACAAUAUAUGCCAACAAUUUGGGAUUUUUAAUGGACAAACACAAAUGGCUAGAGAGAGAUUGGAAGCUAUGGAAAUGAAAGCAAAUACUUUAAAUACACACGCAAUUGAUCCUACUCCUGUUAUUACACUACAGCAGGAAUUGAUGGACACGAGUGGCCAAAUGCAGCUGCUACAGCUGAGCGCAGAUGAAUUACGAAAAUCUUUACCCCCAACAAUGUGUGAACAACAAAUUGGUGGGGAUGUAUUAGAUCAACUCAAUCAACAAUUACACGAAAUUGAAUCUCGUGUCCAAUCAGCUUUGCUACGUGCUUUGCAAUAUAGGCAAGAUGAAGACGAAAAUAUUGAAACAAAUGAGGAGGAGGGGAGGAAAGAAUUGUGGCAACCAGAGUUUGAUGUUGCGAAUGUAUCUACUUCCAGUACAACACAACAAAUUUUUGUGCCAUAUCCAUCAGAAGAACAACAGUUGGAGACAAAAUAUAAAAUAAAUAUUGAUGGAAUAGCCUCAACCUCAGAACCUUUGAAAGAAUUUUUAGGGGAUGAAUAUAUUGAGGAGAAAAAAGGAGAGAAUAUUGGAACAAGGCAAAGAACGGGGGCCAAGCCAAAAGAAGGUCAAAGAAUGGGAGAAGAAGAAAAAGAUGAAGAGGAGGAUGAGGAGGAAGGGUUUAAAUCGACCACUACUGACCACCAACAACAACGGCGAAGAUGGCGAACUGCCGCUGCUGAUGCUUUGGCACCGCCUUCACAAAUAGCCCAACAAAAAUCAUUUUUACCUCCAACAGAAAAAAUGAAAAGUGAUGGCCAACAAUUUUUAUUAAAAAGGCAACAAAAAAUUGGAGAACAAACUGGAGGCAUGGAUCAAUUUUACAUUAGUUUAAAUAUAAUGGAAGAUUAUAUUGAACAACAACAACAAUUAAAUGCCUUGCCGUAUGAGACUUUUACUGAAAAAGCUGAAAUGUUGAAGGAUUUCGAAAUGGAAUUAAAACGUGGAGAGCAACUUUUAAAUGAACAUUUAAUGACAAUGGAAGUAGGAGAAAGUGAGCAUGUGAAAGCCAGAAUAGCCUCAUUGAGGAGACAUUUUGAAGAAAAAAAGUCCGAAUUAGAAAGUCGUCGAGAAACAAUAAGGGCACUAGAACAGCAUUAUUCUCAAUGUGAGCAAAUGUUGGAUGAAUUAGCUAAUAUUUGUAAAGAACCAAGAAUACGACUAAAGGGAGUACGGUUACCGAAAAAUGAAGAAAAUGAAGAGAGUGAAAGGAUUAAUCUGACAGAAUCACGUGAUUCUUCUCCUGACCUUGAUGAAUUGGAAGCAGCCCAAGCCCAGUUAGAGAAUUAUUUACCACCUAUUGCUGUUCGUCUUCAACAAAUCCAAAAUAGAUUAAAUGUUUUAAGUGAACAUCUUUCUGCCGCUGCCCACAAUAAAUUUCAACAAAAACUUCGUCUUUUAGUUGAGGAUUUUAAUGAAAGAACAAAAGAAGUCAGAAUUAAGAGAGAUCAAUUGGAGAUACGUUUAGCUGAUCAAACACAUUUAAAACAAUUACUUGAUGAUUUGGAAUUUUGGUGUGAUGAAAGUGAAGCUAUUUUGGAAACAGUUGAACAAAUUGGCCCUUUAAAUAUUUCAAAAAUAGAAAAAGAAGAGGAAAAUAUACAAAAAAGAUAUUAUUCAACAGAAACUAAACUAGAAUCAUUCCGUCAAUUGGAAAGGCUAAAAGAUAGAUUCGCUAAUUUAGUUAGUGUUGAACCCCAAGUUAAACAUGAAGUAAGGAGAGAUGUUGCUAAUCUUGGAAAAAGAUUGAGUGAUGUUCGUAUAAAAUUAAAAGAAAGAAUGGAUAAUUUAUUAGCAGAAAAAUGGUCAGCAGAUGAAUUGUGGAGGGAAUUUGCAGCUUUAAAGCAAUGGGCAGAGGCAGCAGAAAAACAAAUUUAUGCUGUUGAAAAUGCAAAGAUUUUUAGGUAUUUUUUUGGGAAUUAUUUAUAG